ACCCCUGCUAUGUCGUCGCCCACUACACUACGACGCUUGGUUGAUAUUGGCAGUCAAAGUCAACCCUUUGCCCCCGUGCGCCUCCACCCCUGGAUCCGACCUCAGAUUGCUGCUUUAUCUCUGCUCCUUGAAUCAAUGUUGAUUUCUGCAGGCAGAAUCUAGUUACCGAGCUAAUUGGAUGUCGCCAUGGACGAUGUGUCGCGAGCUUCCAACGACACCAUCUUCCACAGGGCGAGGCAGCUCAAAGCAGAGCGAUCCAAACGCGGCGGCCGCAAAGCCAAGAAAUGGUUCUGCAAGAUCGUCCCCAGCAUCGAAGGAUGCGCCAAGCCACCCGACGCCGAUCCCCCUAUGAGCUUCCUCGACGGCCCCAGCCGCCAGCAGCAGCAACAGCAGCAGAAGAAGAAGCGGUCUUCCCGCGGCGGUUGCAGCUGCUGCUGCCUCAGUAGUUGCCUCUGCGGCGGCAAGGCCGACGAGAGGACGCCCAGGACGUCCAAGAAGCAGAUUCCGGCGGCGGAGAUCCGUCUCAGAGAAGCCGGCGCUGUGUUUGACGAAUUGCCUACAAGGAACACUAGAGACGCCGUCAAUGUGGUUGUCAAUGAGGUGGUGACGGCUCGAAGGAGCAAGCCUGCCGACCAUGUGUUCGACGCUUUGUCUCCAAAAAAACCGGUAGAGGAAAACACUAACUUGGCUGAAAGAUUACCUCCCCCGAGUAAAGGACAUGUCUCCGCGGCCUCCAUGGUUCUUCCUGAACGAUUACCCCCUGGUCCUGCUAGGGAUUUGCCAGUGCCGAAUCCCAUUAUGGGACAGGAGGUGUGCCUCAAGACGGCCCUCAGUUACCUCACGGAUGAUGCAAUAGGCAUUAUGGGGAUAUAUGGCACAGGGGGUGUCGGCAAGACCACCCUCUUGAGGAGCAUCAACAACAAGUUCUGUGGCAAUGCUGCGAGAACCGAAUUCGAUCAUGUGAUACUUGUCGCAGUCGGUAAAGAUCCUGAUGUCAAGAAGCUUCAAAGAGAUAUCGCCUAUGAGGUUGGGCUACUUCUGAUGGAUGAUGAGAGUGAAGUCACGCGAGCUGCAGCCAUCUUCGACUUCUUGAAGACAAAGAACUUCUUGUUGUUGUUGGACGACCUUUGGGGGCCUCUACAACUAGCAAAGGUUGGAAUUCCACAUCCCUUGAGUGACGGAUACAAACAGAAGGUCAUAAUUUCGUCGCGGUUGAUGGAUGUUUCAGGCAAAAUGCAAGCUCACAAGUUCCUUAUAUUAGAAUGCUUGAAGUGGGAGGAGGCUUGGAAUUUAUUCAGUUCAAAAGUUGGAGAGGAGAAUUUGGCAGAUCAAAGAAUUAGAAGCAUUGCAGUGGCCCUUGCCAAGGAAUGUGGUGGCUUGCCACUUGCCCUUGUCGCCAUGGGAUCAGCAAUGUCGACAAAGAAGACACCAGAGGAGUGGCAAAAGGCUGUCUCAUUGCUUAAGACUGCGCCGCCGCUCCACGAGAUUUCAGGCUAUCAGAUGCUGAAGGAAAAUCUCAUCAGGUCUUGGAUGGGGCUGGGUUCAAUCACUGAUUUUGAUGACAUCAACGAAGCUUAUAAUAUCGGAUACUCCAUAAUCGAAAGUCUCAAGGCUGUGUCAUUGAUGGAGAACAGUGAGAAGAGCUAUCGUCGAAUGGAAAUGCAUGAUGUUAUCCGAGAGAUGGCCUUAUGGACUGCCUCCGGCAAAGAGAGCAACAAGAAUAAGUGGUUGGUGGGAGCAAAACCUAGCGAAACUAGAUCAGAUGAAUGGAGCAAGGCAGAGAGGAUAUCCCUCAUGUUCAAUGAAAUUGAGGCCCUACCUGAUUCAUGCUAUUGUCCUAAUCUUCAAUCUUUGAUCCUUCGAGGAAACAAGCGUCUUAUGAAGAUCCCCAACGGACUCUUUCCUUGCAUGGUACUCCUGCGGUUCUUAGACCUAUCUCAUACUGGUAUCGUAGAGCUCCCGAACGAGGUUGGCACAUUGAUUAACUUGCAGUUUCUCAAUCUUUCAUACACAAAGAUCGCAUGCCUCCCUAAAGAGAUGAAAGAGUUAACAACUUUGAAGUACUUGGAGCUGGAGGGAACAAGGGAACUCAGGAAGAUUCCUGACGGCGUGAUCUCGAGUCUUGAAAUGCUGAAGGAGCUGAACUUAUACAUGAGUGGUUUCGCAAAUUGGAGUUGGCUUUCGGUGUGCAGCCGUGACAGUAUAAGGUUCGAAGAAUUGGUAUCCUUGCAAAGGCUAAGAUCAGUCGGUUUUACUGUAAGAAGCAUUCAAUGUCUCCUGAGGCUCUUCAGCAUACUCCGGGUUUUGACACACUCCCUCACUAUCAGAGAGCUGCGAGGCUUGAUCUCUCUUCGUCUUUUGCCAGGUCUGCUUAGUAAAAACAAAAUGGGGAGACUCAAGAAUCUUACGAUCGAAUUCAGCCAAGGCUUGAAGGAAUUGGUGAUGGGCGAGGAGGCUAAAACCCUGAAUUGGCGACUCUAUCAGCUCGAGGUCUUCAAUUUGGUCUGCCUGCCAGAGCUAGAAAGGGUCAUCUGGAGAGGUGUGGCAGCUCAUGUUUGCCUUCCUAACCUUCGUUUUCUAUCAUUGUUCUACUGCAACAGCCUCAGGAACAUCGCAUGGGUAGCACACCUGCCACUCCUCCAAGAACUAUACAUACAGAAUUGCAACGAAAUGGAACAAGUAAUUGCAGACGAACCACCAACAGCCUCGUCCGAGAAAGAAGAAAAGCCCGCAACCUCAUUUCCAAAUCUGAAGUACAUCUUUCUCCGCGACCUGAAGAGUUUGGUUAAAAUAGAUGAUCAAGUGUUGGAAUUUCCAUGCCUAGAGAGGAUCCUCGUGCACAACUGCAUCGAGCUGAAGCAACUUCCAUUGGGUGCGACGAGUGCCCAAAAGCUGAGGAUAAUAUUUGGGGAGAGGAAUUGGUGGGAAAGUUUGGAGUGGGGAGAUCAUAGCAUCAAGCCUAUAUUCACUACUUGUUUCAGAGAAAUUCCAGCAGGUUAUGAACCAAGCAUGAAGAUACUGGAAGGCCUUUGAAAAUAGUUGAAAUGUGCAUUCUGAUGCUUCUACUUAUUUUAUUUGUAAGAACAUGUAGAAAAAUGUUGCAUUCAUGGCCUCCAGUCAUUUUGGAGCUUGCCAGAGUUUGAACUUUUGGUUUACGUCAA